AUAAGAGUAGAAUAUGAUGGAGUUGCUGUUCUCUCUCAGUGUCACACUCAUCCAUUAACAUACUUCAUUACAGUCUCAUGCUCUCACCUCCCAAUGGAUCCUCCUCUCAUCACUGACUCCACAUUCUCCUCUGCUUACACCCUCGCCGAUAUCUGGCUCGGAACCUCCCCUUUUCCCCCUUCCGACCACCAUUUCUCCGAGAAUGACUCUGGUAGCAAUAAACGGAUGAAGGUGGAAGGGUGCAGUGUUAAAAAUGAUGGUUUCAAAGAUGAAGCAGAAACAAGUUCUGUGAGUGGUAACAAGUCAAGUGAACAAAGCACUGUACCUUGUGAGGCACCUAAGCAAGACUAUAUUCACGUGAGAGCAAGAAGGGGCCAAGCUACCGAUAACCACAGUCUAGCAGAAAGAGCAAGAAGAGAAAAGAUCAGUGAGAGAAUGAGGAUUCUUCAGGAUUUGGUUCCAGGGUGUAACAAGGUAAUUGGUAAAGCACUAGUCCUAGAUGAGAUAAUCAAUUACAUACAGUCGCUGCAGCGUCAGGUUGAGUUCCUUUCUAUGAAGCUUGAAGCAGUUAAUUCAAGGAUGAACAUGAGCCCUAACACAGAUGGGUUUCCUUUAAAAGAUGUUGGUGGUACUGGAAUGGUAUUUGGAUCACAAGCAGCAACAGGGUAUGCUCAGGGAUCACAUCCUGGAUGCCUGCAUAUGCAGAUAGGUGGUGGUUUGAGAGAACAUGAUUCAGAGGUGUCUCAAGGGAAUGAAACAUCAUUUGAUAGGUUUGAUUUUCUUCUAAAAAACUAAAGGUAGUGAGUGGGUUGAUUACACAGUGUGCUUUAUUAACAACCUAGUUAACUGUUGCCGGAUGUUGUAGGUUUGUAUUUCCAUUGUUAUAGAAUGAUAUAAUUUACAUAGAAAAUGCAUCUAAAUAGCAUAUGCUUCGCUAUAUUAGCAAUCAGCAACUAGAAAACAAUCUAGUGUGGUUAUGGUUUUUAGUUCCUGCUGUGAUAGGAUUCCUACCUCCUGAUUUGAUAUGUAUA